AUGGACGGCUUCGACGAGGAAGCUUUCAAGCAAUUCUUUCCCUCCAGCUUUGGAAAGCAGCAGAAGUCGGUUGAUGUCGAUACUCAGAUCGACCGGACCAAGCGUGCCGAGGUCUCGGUGCCAAAGCCGCCCGCAAACCAUGAAGGGACAGAACUAACUGCACCCUCAACAGCUGGCCCGGCAGAAAUAGAAAGGAAGACUCAAGAGCCAAAGGACAGCUACGAUGACUCAAGCGAUGACGAUGAUUCCAACGACGAGGAUGACGAGGACGAAUUUCCCGUGUCCCAUGAGCUAGUCAUGAAGACACACGAGCGCGCUGUUACGACGAUGACCAUGGAUCCCUCGGGGGCGCGACUAAUUACAGGUUCUACCGACUGUACGCUCAAACUGCAUGAUUUCGCCAACAUGACCCCUUCCACUAUACGCGCAUUCAAGUCCGUCGAUCCGUCACUUAAGAAGCAAUCUGCGGCGCAAGAUACACACGCUGUUCACUACGCUGCGUUCAACCCGCUAUCGCCUGGUCACGUUCUCGUUGUGACUGCCACGGCCCAGCCGCGGGUUCUCGAUCGAGAUGGUGAAACUAUAAUCGAGUUCGCAAAGGGUGAUAUGUACCUGCGCGAUCUCCACCACACCAAAGGCCAUAUUUCCGAGGUAUCUAGUGGAGCAUGGUGCCCAUUUGACGAGAGCCUCUGUGCUACUGCGGGAUCAGACAGCACUGUGCGCAUCUGGGAUGCCAAUAUUGGUCGUUCACAGAAGGAAGUCAUUGUCCACAAGUCGAGAGUGGCUGGGUCUGCUGGGCGGACCAAGAUGACAGCCGUGGCGUGGGGAUCUUCGAAGCAGGGUGGGUCCGAUGUUUUGGUCGCUGCUGCUCUUGACGGUAGCCUGGCCAUGUGGGGUGGCAAGGGUCCCUUCACACGGCCGGCUGGUGAGGUUCGAGAGGCGCAUACUCGAGACACCUGGACCAGUGGUCUGGACGUGAGCCCUGACGGGCGGUACAUUGUCAGUCGAGGCGGAGAUGAUACAAUCAAGCUGUGGGAUACCAGAAAGUUCAAAACGCCAGUGACUACUGCGUCUCACCCCUCGACAUCGUUCCGCUAUCCGACAUCCAACAUCCAAUUUUCUCCUUCGGGGGCGAAUAUUAUCGUCGGUUCAGAAACUGGCCACCUUCAUAUUCUCAACCCGGCUUUGAGGCCAGAGUUGGUGACUCCCGUUACCCCUGGCUCCGCGUUGAUUACUGUAAUGUGGCAUGAGAAGCUGAAUCAAAUUUUGACCGGUUCAGCCAACGCCGAAACCCACGUUCUCUACAACCCGACAAUGUCUACAAAGGGAGCUGCAUUAGUCAUGUCCAAAGCUCCCAAGCUUCGACAUGUGGACGAUAACAUCUCCUUUACUACAGACCUGUCCUCAGGGCUCGCAGGCGACUCUGUGGUGGUGGGAUCUAACGGUGUCCCGCAUUAUAGCUCAGCGACUUGGUCUGCUCGCCACCCAAAUGUUGGACUCACAGCCUCUGGUCGUUCACGAGACCCGCGCAGACCAUACUUGCCGCAGGUUACACCCUUCGCCAAGGGCGGGUCCGAUGAAAGAUUCAUUCAGUCGCAUAUUCCUCUCAGCUCUAUGCGCGAUGAAGAUCCUCGAGAGGCUCUUUUGAAGUAUGCCGACAAGGCCCAGAAGGAUCCUAUCUUCACGAAGGCAUACCAGGAGACGCAACCCAAGCCCAUUUACGCAGAAUUGAGUGAUGAUGAGGACCGCGGUCCUGAAAAGAAGAAGGCACGGCGAUGA